AUGUUUUAAUGGAGUCAAAAGGUGGCAAGAAGAAGUCUGGCAGUAGUAGUUCCAUGCAGUACGAAGCUCCCCUUGGCUACAGCAUUGAAGACAUUCGACCCAACGGAGGAAUCAAGAAGUUCAGAUCUGCUGCUUACUCCAACUGCGUCAGGAAGCCAUCCUGAUAUUCCUACAGUCAAACCUCAGUAGUUUAGGAUUUCCUGCAUUUUUAGUUAAUUUUUGCCAUAAGGUCACUCUCUGGCUAGCUGCUUUCUAAUAACCAAACCAUUCUUGCUAUCCCUCCCCCUUGUUUUUCUCUGUUCCCUCCAUCAGCUUUUGACCUUACUUUCAAAUCAAUGGCAAUCAUGAUUCCCAACUCCACCAAUGCACAACCCUCUCCCAUCGGGUUUGAGGGCUUUGAGAAGCGCCUAGAGAUCACAUUCUCUGAGGCCCCCCUCCUUGUUGACCCCCAUGGUCGUGGCCUCCGAGCUCUUUCUCGUGCACAGAUCGACUCAAUUCUUGAUCUAGCUCGGUGCACCAUUGUUGCCCAGCUCUCAAACAAGGACUUCGACUCCUAUGUUCUCUCUGAAUCGAGCCUUUUCAUUUAUCCAUACAAGAUAAUCCUCAAGACAUGUGGCACUACGAAACUCCUCAUGUCUAUUCCCAAGAUCCUCGAACUUGCAUCUGAGCUCUCACUUUCUCUUCAAUCCGCUAAGUACUCGCGUGGAACCUUCAUCUUUCCUGGAGCUCAGCCUUCUCCUCACCGCAGUUUCUCAGAGGAGGUUUCCACCCUUGACAAUUUCUUUGGCAACUUAGCAUCGGGUGGAAAUGCUUAUGUCAUCGGUGAUCCGGCAUCACCCAACCGAAACUGGCACAUCUACUAUGCGACCGAGAAGCCCGAGCUUCCGAUGGUGACUCUUGAAAUGUGCAUGACUGGACUCGACACUGAAAAGGCAUCCAUCUUCUUCAACAACAACUCGGAGAAUGAUACUCUGACGAAAAAGAUGACCAAGCUUUCUGGGAUCUCAAACAUUAUUCCUGAGAUGGAGAUAUGCGACUUUGAGUUUGAGCCCUGUGGGUACUCCAUGAAUGGAAUCUCUGGACCAGCAGUCUCAACUAUCCAUGUAACGCCCGAGGAUGGGUUCAGCUACGCGAGCUAUGAGGCCAUGGGCUUUGACCCCAUGAAACUUGAAUUCAAUGCCUUAGUUGAGAGGGUGCUUACUUGCUUUGGCCCUACUGACUUCUCUGUUGCUGUGACCAUCUUUGGUGGUCGAGGGCAAGCUGGCUCCUGGGGGCGCAAGGUUGAUGUUGAUGGAUAUAAUAGAAUGGAUACAGCGGGGCAGGAGCUCGAUGGUGGUGGAUUGUUGAUGUACCAGAGCUUCUCUUCGUCGACGGCGAUGGUGGGGUCACCGAGGUCCAUAUUCCAUUGCUGGAGCGGAGAUGAGUCGGAGGAGGAGGAGAAGAACGGGAGGGAUGAGAAGGGAGGAUUCUGAGAUGUUGCUUCUUGUUUCUUCUUCUACAGUACGCUUGUUGUUGUUGCUGUUAUGAUUAUGUUGGUGUGUUUCUUUCGGCUUAUUGGAGCAGCAAAGCCAGGUUGAUCUUACCUUCUACGGUGUUCAAAUAAGGCUUAUGAUGUGUAGCCUAGAGCUUCUACUCUACUGUGGGUCUUUAUUGCUGAGCUAAGCUUUCUUGUGUCUCGGAGUCUGUAACAAAUACCUGCGUUUUUUUUUUUAAAUUUAAAAGUCGUGGUUUGGUCA